AUGACAGGCAGUGCACUCUCUGUCACCAUUGCAGGCAUGAUCGACACCGUGGACGAAUCCGUCGGAAAGCUGUUCGAGACGCUCCAAGAAGCAGGCAUGCUGGACAACUCCGUCGUUCUGUUCAGCAGCGACAACGGCGGUACGCCGUUCGGUGACCACUCGAGCCGCAGCUUCAACUGGCCACUGCGCGGUCUGAAGAUGUCGGUGUGGGAAGGCUCGACCAAGGUUCCUGCCUUUGUCUGGAGUCCCCUGCUCAAGGAGAAGCAGAGGGUGUCCAACCAGCUGAUGCACCUCACCGACUGGUUUACUACGUUCUACAGACUCGCCGGCGGCGACGUAUCGAGCUUAGAGAACGUGGACGGACUCGAUAUGUGGGACUACCUGUCGAACGGAACGGGUUCCCCUCGCACCGAACUUCUCUACAACAUAGACCCCCUGGAUCCGGAGGAGUCCUCCGUGGCGGCCAUCCGCAACUCGCAAUACAAGCUGGUGCUCGACGCCUCGGCUGCCGACAACGAACGCUACCGAACGACGGGUGGACGUCGUCCCUUCAACGACGUCGACGAGCUGCUCGCUCGCUCCAGGGCCGCCGAGGCGCUGAGGAAAUUCUACAACACGGAUCGCUUGGAGUUCCCCAGUGACUGGAGGCAGAGGGCGAGGCUCACCUGCGGGGAAGACGCUACUGAGCACUUUUCCCCAGAUGACAAGGUGUUCCUGUUCGACAUCGAGAAGGAUCCGUGCGAGUUAAACAAUCUCGCAGCUGACCACCCGGAGAUCGUGUCGGCCUUGAAGAAACGUCUGGAUUACUACCGAUCUGUCGCAACUCCUGCGUUGAGCAAACCUCGUGACCCCUUAAGCUAUCCCGAGAACCACAACGGAACGUGGGCACCGUGGAUGCCAGAUCCUUAA